AUGGAAGGAGUUGAAGGAGAAAAGAAGCCAGAAGUAAUAAAAGAAGGAGAACACUUCUAUAGCGAUGAAGAAAACUACGAAUCGAUGCCGCCUAUUCCACACCCCGUCGAAGUCAAAAUAGAAGAAGCGCCAGUUGAGAAAAAAGAAGAUGUUCAAGUCAUCACACCUCAGCCGAAGUGUUGGGUUCAAAGUUGCAUGAAUAAGCCUUGCCAAUUUGUUGUACGUAUAACUUUGUGGAUGAAAGAGAGUGUAUUAAAAUGCUUUGAUUACACAUUUUACGUGCUCGUCAACUCGUCGAAAAUCUUCAUCCAAUUUACAAAACGCCCUGUUGUGAAAAAGGUUAUUGGAGGAACAAUGACUGUUGCAUUAGUUGGUGUUGCGAUGUACUCUUUUGGUUACAUUCCUAUGCGAUACUUGGAGGAAGUCUCGUCCCUUCUCCUUUAA